AUGGUGCUGAACCCUGUCAUCUCAAAACUUGCCAAUAAACUGGUUGUGCUGGCAAGUGCUUCUCCUAGGAGACAAGAUAUUCUCCGUAAUGCUGUAGGUUUUUUGGAUUUGUAUGUCUCCAUUUGAUCAGUAAAUCUGUGACCUAAUCAUCUGACUAAAUAGUUUACAUACUAGGUGAUCAAACAAAUUCAGUUUCACUGUAUGUAAGGCAAACUCAUUCACAGGCCCAAGAAUAAGGCUGAUUAAUCACACUUCUUGCUUUGUCUUAUGUCAUGAUGCCAGUUUCAGUAUUGGUAUAGUAAUGCAGAACAACACAUCAGUUGAAAAUCCUUGGCUGAAAAAGUACCCAAGAGUUUCAUUACAGAAGAUGUGUUUAGGGUAAUUCAGAAAAAGAGUUAUCAGGAAAACACCUCUCAAACAGGAAGUGCCAACAAGUUUGAUUUUCUGUUUCUAAAGUAUCCCACACAUAACAGAAUUAGUCAUAGUAAAACAUUCUUCUUCUGUGUUUUAGGGCUUACAGUUUGAGGUGGUACCAUCGUGGUUCAAGGAAACUCUGGAUAAGAAACUCUUCAAAGCACCUUAUGAGUAUGCUGUUGAGACAGCCAAACAGAAGGCUCUGGAGGUGGCCAGAAGGAUGCCCUUUGUAAGUCUUGAUGCUGAUGGUAUUUUAUAAACGUACAACACAGGAUUAUACUCUUCAGUUAAUGUACUGAUUCAUAUUAUUUUUUAGAAACACUUGAAGACUCCAGACAUAGUUAUCGGAGCUGACACUAUAGUGGUAAGUGAAGGGAAGCACCUCAUCAUUUCCUGCGCUGUAACACCACUGUAGUUAUUAUAUUCAGUCUCAUUUUUACAGACUAUAGAUGGCAUGAUUCUGGAGAAACCAGUGGACAAACAUGAUGCCUACAGGAUGCUUUCAAGGUUAGAAACAUUCACAUUAUCACAUGAAUUUUUAACCGUGAAAAAAACAAAAAAAAACAAAGGAAAAUCUGUGAUGAGUUUAUUUCUUUUCUCCUUCAGCUUGAGUGGUAAAGAGCACAGCGUCUACACUGGUGUAGCUAUAGUCCUCUGCCAUGACGAAGAAAGUAAGUGUCAUUCUGAUCAGCCAUUUUUAGUUUCUUUGGAAAUCAUAUGAAGCAAACUUAAAAGCUCUUUGAAGGACUUUCCCGUGUCCCCCCCAAAAUGAAGAAAUAAUUUAUUGCACAAUAUUAGACUUUGCUGAUAUGCUGAUAUUUUCAAACAAAAUUUGACUUAUAUAAGUGCCAAUACCGACAUAAACCAUGCCUUUACUUUUUAAGUAAGUAUUUUAAUUUAUAACUAACCUUAAUGGACAAAGCUCCAAGCAUUUUGGGUUCACCAUAAAUCUUUAAAAGAAAGUUUUUAAGUGUUUGAUUGUCUCUUAGUUGGCUGCUACAGCUAGCUCGCUGGCAGCUGCUGCUUCUUUGUCAUCUCUCUCCUGUGUUAUGAUGAUAACUGUUAUCAAAAAUAAAUAUAUUGAUAUUGUUCCAUAAUUAGGCAUACAGUCAAACUGGUUGCCACGUGUCAUUAAAUAGAGGAUAGAUGAAGAACUAGCCGCUGCUAGCAGCCUUCUUUGGUACUGAUAUUGUUUAAAUCAAAGUCAGAACAUCCUUGUGACAGAAAUAGGAAAGAUAUAAUGUAAGUUUACAAUAUAUUAGGGGUAGUGGAGGGCUUGAAUUGCCAAAUGUAGUCUGUCUUAGUUGACAUGUCUUCUUUUGUAAAUCUGUGUCUCUCUCUUUAGAUGAAGAGGUGGAUUACCAGCUGGUUGACUUCUAUGAAGAAACGAAGGUGAAGUUCGCAGAUCUGUCGGAGAAUAUGCUCUGGGAGUACAUCAAUAGUGGUGAACCCAUGUGAGUGUAGAUUCUUGAACUUUCACACAAAAUUAUUGACUCACCCAGUGUUGUAACCUUACCGGACAUUUGUCAAUGGAGGUCAUAUGAAUGUAUCUGGGCCGCAUGAACUGGUUUACUUUUUGGACUUUGGUAUCUGAGUUUUGUUCCAACUCUGUUUGCUUUGUCCCAAUCGACAGGGUUUGACAGGAGUCCUCACUGAUACAUGUAUCCUGCUUUCAUAUCAUGUAUUAUUACACAGAGCUAUUUUAAUGUAAUUGUGCAGGUGUUUUGGUGUAUUUGUUCCUUUUUGACUGAAAUAUCUGUGCACAUGUGUUUCAGGGACAAAGCUGGCGGUUAUGGUAUUCAGGCUCUCGGGGGGAUGCUGGUGGAGUACGUUCAUGGAGACUUCCUCAAUGUUGUGGGUUUUCCACUGAACCACUUCUGCAAACAGCUAGAUGUAAUUUACAACCAGUCCACUUCCUCUUCAGACCAGGAAAGCCCGUCAGUGAGCCCAAGUGAAAACAAGACUCACAGUAACAGUCGCAGCUCGUCAGCCAAACACAGCCCGUUAUCAUCCAAGUCCAGUCAAACGCACCACAACAAGAAGAGCCCGUCCACCAGCCCCCGACAUAAAGUUAGUUUUUUUAAAUUAUUAUUAUGUGAGCUCAAGAUCUUACUUCCUCUGUCCAAAUUAAUAGAUAUGUUCCUCUCUUGUAGGUAAAAAGGACAGGCAGCGACAGUGAAGCUGGUCAGAGUUCACAGACAUUGGUCAACAGCUCCGCUUCACAUGCAGAUAUCUGUGAGAGUAAAACAUUACAACCAGUGACCAGCAGGGGGCAGCUGACAGAUCAUGAAGAAAGUGAACCCAAAAGAGAGGACCUGCAGCGAAUCAUGGAUUUGAUGGAUGGUUUUAAAGCCUCAAAGGUAAUUUAACUCUUAGAAAAAUUAAACAAAAUCUACUCUCUGCCUUACAUACUGGUUUCAUCAGUAAAUAGGACACAGCUGAAUUUUUAGAUAACAUAAAUGGUAUUCAAAGUUCAGCUUGGGGGGGGGUGUAAUAUCACCGGGUGGUUAAGAGGUCAUGUUCAGGGGCCGUUGUCUGUAACCACAGACGCGACCACAGAGCUAACCCACUUUCUAACAGUUUCUUGCACUUUCCACUGUCCUAUCCUCCCUGUCACGGCAUAACAAGCCAAAAACUAAACUUGAAAAAAGUGUGUUUAUACACCAAAUGUUUCAGUAAAAAUAAUUUGAUCAACUGUAGAAAGUAAACCUAUAAAAUAUAAACAACAAUUUCAUCUUGAAUAGUCAACAAAACACAGACAGUACAUGUUUGAAAAGAAGAAGAAUGAAUUAAGUGCUUAAUCUUUCCUACAGUAUAACUGAAACGUCCACCCAGUGUCAAAAGAACAAGAGACAGAGUAACAUUUAGGCUUGUUUGUGAGAGAAAUUUUGUUUUUGUCUGCUGAGAUUUUUGAUGAGAAGCUCGACGACACUUUUUUACUGUACAGCAGGCUUGCAGAAGACAGAGACUUUGAACUCGGGAAACCGUUCGCCCUGUUUUUCUCACAGUUCAGUUGAGGCCUGAAACUAGCACCUCUGAAGCUCUGAGAAACUUGCUUUAUCUUGUUUAAUAAACUCAAAUGAAAAAGUUCAAAAAAGUGAAUCCUGUGGUUUUAUCACAACGUUACAAAAAAAAAAAACUCUCAGGAAGUCAAACCGAGUCUCAUUUUGCACCUGUAGCGAUCAUACUUCUUGGAAACUUAGCUUCUUUCGUGACAGUGUCAAAGAUGACAACUUAACACAUUCACUGAACACGACAUGGGAGGGUAAGUGAGCUUUUGUGGUUAACAUUUCGAUUAUAAAGUGGUUAGAAAAACUCCAUGUGCCAUAGCACCUCAUGUACAAUUGUCUUGACAUGCAACGACAAAGUGUCAUUUCACUUGUGGAGCAAUAACGUCUUUGUGUAAGAUUAGUGGGGCAGUGACUUCCUGUGUGCAACUAUGAAGAUAUGGCGAUAACUUUACAAGCAGAAGUAUUGCGCUGCACUGGAGACUCCUGUAUCUUUAUCUCAUAUCUACCUCUGUUUUCUUGCUGCAGGCACUCUUUACAGCCACCAAGUUGCGUGUGUUUGACGUGCUACAAAACAAACCGGGGCUGGAUGCAGAGCAGGUCGCUCAGGAGAUCAAAGCCUCAGUGAAAGGGACUGCGUGUCUGCUGGAAGCCUGUGUGUCUCUGGGGCUGUUAAAGAGCAAAGAACAAAGUAAAUCAGUGUUUAUCUGUUCUGAUCAUGACAUGAGUAUCAUUUUUAAAGACAUACUUAUUCUUCAUUUUCUCAAAAACUUUCCAUGUGUCCACUCCUAGCUUGCCAGAAGACGGUAUAUGAGAACACAGAUCUUUCUCCUCACGUUUCCUGCUCACAGACGCUCCUUUCUCUCUGCACGGCUACAUCCAGCAUUGUGAGAGCACAGUGUGGCCUCUUUUCUCCCACCUGGAGAGCGCAGUAA